GUGAAAAAUUUUGUUAAUUUCGUAAAAUAAAUAAAAUUCAUUUUUUAUUAUUACAUUUAGAAACAACAACUGCAGUUAAAACAAAAUGAGCAAAUUUGCGUGGGUUACGCUAACAACGAAUGACACGUACUCGCUGGGCGCUUUGGUGUUGGCACAUUCACUGCGCCGCACCGGUACCGCCCAUCAGUUGGCCGUCUUGGUGACGCCUGCCGUGUCGGAGGCUAUGCGCCAACGCCUUAAAGAUGUCUACAAUGUGGUGCAGGAGGUGAAUGUUUUGGACUCACAGGAUGCCGCCAAUUUGGCACUGCUCGCACGCCCCGAAUUGGGUGUCACAUUCACAAAAUUGCACUGCUGGCGCUUGAUACAAUUUGAGAAGUGUGUCUUCCUUGAUGCCGAUACACUGGUGCUGCAAAACUGCGAUGAGCUCUUCGAACGCGAGGAACUAUCUGCCGCACCUGAUGUUAGCUGGCCCGAUUGCUUCAAUUCCGGUGUGUUCGUGUAUCGUCCCAGUGUGGAGACAUUCAACAAAAUCACAGAAUUCGCUGUACAAAAUGGCAGUUUCGAUGGUGGCGAUCAGGGCUUGUUGAAUUUGUACUUUGCCGAUUGGGCGUCCAGCGACAUUAAGAAGCAUUUGCCAUUCAUCUAUAAUGUGGCCGCAUUUGCUUCCUAUUGCUACUUGCCCGCAUUCAAACAGUUCAGAGAUAAAAUUAAGAUUUUGCAUUUUGCGGGCAAAUUGAAGCCAUGGCUCAUACAAUUCAAUUCCGAGAACCGCACAGCGCUUACGCCUUCAGAAUAUGCGCAUGCCACUGACUUAAUACAGCUCUGGUGGAAUAUCUUCUGUGAUAAUGUUCAUCAGAAUUUGUCUGGCACUAUGUGUGGCGCAAUCGCUCAUUAUUAUUAUCAUUAUCAACCACAACAAGCACAGCAACAACAACAUGACCACUACCUUCAUCACUACGAACAUGAACAGCAUCAGCACGAUCAUCAACACCAUGAGCAUUCGCCCUCACCAACUACGCAUUUUUAUGAAUUCGGUGAAGUCAAAGAGUUUCGUGAUCCUUGGGAAGAUUACUAUGAAAAUUUAGCCAGAGAGCGAAGUGAUAGCAUCAAAAAUAAUGAACAACAGCAACAGCAAGAGUGGCAGCAGCAUGCACCAUCAGAGCCGGAGUCAGCGCCGGCGCCGACGCCGGCGCCGGAAUGGCAUGAAGGAGAAGUAGAACAGUCUAGUAGUGAAGUGCGAUCGCGUGAAUGGUCGCAGGAACAAAAUGAGGCUAAUAAUAACCAAGAACAAACUUGGCAAGAACAACAAGAUUACCAUUAUGAAGAACAAGAACAGCCGAAAGAACAAUACCAUGACUGUGGUUCUUAUGAAUCCCAUAAACACCAUGAAGAAAGUCAAGAGCAAAGUACAAAUCUUUCAACCAGCGAUCUCAAUGCCAAUGAGAAUGCUGAAGCAACAGCAACUGCUAAGAAUCAAACUAUAAUUUAUGAAGCUGAUAUUCAUAACGAAAACACUGCCCAAAAACAACAAGACUUUUCGCCUGUAACGCAACCAAUGCAUACAGAUGAUACAACGACAAAUACCAUUAGCGCUAGGUGUAGUACAGAUAAGCAAGCAUUCCGUAGUGAAGAAGUGAAUGAAAAAGAAAACAAAAAUAAUAACAAUGAGGCUGGUUUGGCUGGCGCUUUGUCACAGCUGCGUCUCGGCGAGCAACGUACUCCCGAACAGGAGGCCUACGAACAGCUGAUGCGCCGCCAAUGCUGGGAGGCAGGACAAGUCGAUUAUGCGGGCCAAGACUCUUUCGAUAAUAUUUGGAAGAAAAUAACUAAAACAUUGGAAUCGAAGCCCAGCGCAUCGUUGCCACAGGAGGAGGAUAAGUCUGCCAUAUUUCAUUAUGAAAAUCCAAUGCCUCCUCCUCCUAACAACUUUAUCCCUUUACACGUAGUUGGCAUUGAACCAGUGGAACCUGAAUCGGAACGCUUGGAACGCAUUAAUCGCAUGUUGCAAGCAAGCGCUGCCGCAUUGGAAGAGCAGAAAGCGGAAAAAAUACAGCCACGACCACUGCUGUCGCCGGCGCCCACUAACACCACCGCUUCGCCACGUAGCAGAUCGCCCGCAAAUAAUAACACUAAUAGCAAUAACAAUAACAAUAACAAUACUAACACACAAGGACAAAAUGUGCAAAAGAACCUCAAAAGAACGGCCUCACCAAAGCCGUUACAAAAACAAAUACAGACACAACAGUUGCCUCAGCAACAACAACAGACAUUACAGAGACAAUUGCCACAGCAACAGGAAUCAGUGCAAAAGCAAGUGGCACAAGCCAUACAGCAAAGUGCCAAAAUAAUGCAACAGUCGCCACAGACACCCAUACAGCAACAACCAACGUUGCAAACACGACCGCCCCAACAGCAACAACAACAAACUGUACAACCGCCACCACGUAGACACAACGCAACACAACAGCAACCGACCACACAACAACCACAACGGCCAUUGCGCCAGUCCCAACUACAACAACAACAAGCACAAACUUCACAACAGUCGCAAGCUCAAUCGGCAGCCGCCAAGCAGAUCCUUAGCAAAUCCAAUCGUAAAAACAAAUAACAAUUACUAAAAUUGGUGACAUGCUAUGGUUGUCUGCUGCCCGUGUGCAUCCUUGAGGAGCUCGCGGGCGCACGACUACCAAACCCGGUACAUUUAUGAGUACAAAAGAAUUUAGUUGAACUCCCGAAUUCAUAGUAUAGCUGUAGUUAUAAUUUUUUCUCCCCAAAACAAAAGACAUUGUAGAUAUAUACAUACAUGUUUAUCUAUUUAAAGACGGAACGAAUUUUUACAAUAACUAACUCGCUAACAAACAUACAAAAAAACAUACUAAUCUACAUAGAGUGGAUACUCGCAAAGGGGAAGGGAGCUACGCUUAGGCGUUGCUGUAAAGUGCUUUACUGAACGAAACUCAGGCUUCGAAGUAUAAAGUUGUUUACAACACCAAUUAGCUAAAUAAGACGCUUAACACUUAACUAAAAAAAAAUAACUAAAAACUAAAAAUUAAAACCAAAAGAGAACUAACACACAAAUAAAAUAUCCACCGAAUAUUUUUUACUCACACACACACUUUCUUUCCACACGAUAAAUAAAACACACAACAACAAAUUGUUCGACACAUCCAAACAACAUCAAUCACAAUCCACU